UUUAAGCGGGAACACCAGAACGUCGAGCGGGGUAUACAUGUACUUUGCGCUCGCUGCCAAGAUUGUCGACGCCGCAUGCACAAAGCUACGUGUCGAGGAGCACGUAUACCACUCCUCCAGUGGUACCGAGUUCUAUACGAGCUAUCAACAAAGUGGAUUUCAGUGAACAAGACUUUCGAGAGGCUGAGAUAUGAUCCCGAAGAACGAAAGUCCGCACAAGGAGCAAAAAGGUUCUUCCAAUAUCUCCGGUUACCAACUCCCAAGGUUGUGAACUGUCGCAGACAUUCGACACUUUAGACGACGAAAGUAAUGAAGACGACAGGACAUCGUAGAACGCCUUAUCCGCCGAACUUCAUUCCAUUUUACUUCCACGGUUACUGGGAUCACCAUAACCCCCAAACCCAAUUACCACUCUUUCGCUCCGAGCAGAAAUGCGACACUAGUCUACGGGUGCACAGUGGACUAUCGUCAUCCACGAAAACCGAUCGGGCCACGUGGUUGCAAAGUUGCGGCAUCGCCGUAAGAAGUGAUGGGCCGCAAAAACGUGACCGCUCAUCGAUUGGCGAGCGGAGGAGAGGGGCCCCCUCCCGGGAAGAUGCCCAGUUCGCGAAGAGGCCCUCCGCAAGUGUGCAUGUGCAGUGCAGGUCGUCCGUUGGAGUACAGGACCCAUGCCAUGGUGCCCAGUGUUUGCAAGCGGGAUCAUCGUUCGUCGGUAAAGUCAGCAUAGUUCCUGUGACGAGCCAAGUGGCCCAGCUCUGCUCUGUCAUGAAAUCUCUCUUGCCCGAACUGUUUCCCGACCCUCUCCAUGAGCUCAAUCCAAUCAUCUGCUGCGUACAAAGCUGCAGAGAUCAACCAGAUGACAACAACUCAAAUGCCAGCAAAAAGGCCCACAUCAAAUCGAGCGCAUUCAGGGAUCUUAAAAAUGAAAGCUGCGUCAAGAGCGGGGAAGGCUUUUGCCUGGCAGUUUCGCUCCAAGAUGGGACUCUUAUCUACGUCUCCAGCACCAUCACUCACAUAUUGGGUUAUUCAAAAGACAUGCUAUUGGGGCAGUGCAUUAUGAACUUCCUCUACCCUCGGGAUCGAAUCACUUUCGCAAAUCAGCUGAGUGAAGGACUCAACUCGAGGUUUAAUGAGGACGCCAAGGGAAUUUGUCACAGCAGGAGCCAGAGCACUUUUCUCUGUCGCCUUAGGCAGUACCAGUCUCUCAAGUUUGGUUAUGGAAUCUCGGAUAAGAAGGUUCACUACAGGCCGUUUCAGAUGAGCGUCUACAUUAAGGAUGUCAUCGUGGACGACGUCUCUGUCGAAAACGCUUCUACUGCAAUGUGUCUCAUCGUCACCGCUGUGCCCAUACAAACUGCUUACAAGGUUCCUGACGAGAUUCCAGCUAUGACCUGUUUCUCGACCCGCCACACGGCAUCCUGCCACUACAGCCACGUCGACCUCAGCGCGGCCCCGUAUCUAGGUUUCCUACCACAGGACAUGUUAGGUCACUCAGUCUUCGACUUCUAUCGAGUAGACGAUAUGCCUCACCUUAAGGACAUCUACGAGCUCGUGAUCAAGGAGCAGGGCCACUCAUUCCGGAGCAAACCGUACCACUUCAGAGCAUUCAACGGGAGCUUCGUCACUCUGGAAACAGAGUGGUCGUGCUUCAUCAAUCCCUGGACACGGAAGCUCGAGUUCGUCGUCGGACAGCACAGAGUUCUCAAAGGUCCCAAGGAUCCAGACGUAUUCAAGGAGGCUCCUCGCGAUGACAUGCACGUCCCAGAGGAGAUCUACAAGGAGAGUCUCCGCAUCCAGGAGGAGAUCAAAGUGAUACUUUCCCAGACACUGAAGCCGCACGAGAAUAACCAUCUGCGACAACGGUCCAACAAGCGACGCAAGGAGCUCGCCUCUUUUGUGAGCUCUCUCGUCGACGAAAUGGCACAGCAGAAGCGGAUCGACAAAGCAGAGGAACAACUGCUCAACGAGGGAUGCACCUGCUCUGACCAGGGCUCAGUGGUGAUGGGUGAGAUUUCGCCGCAUCAAGAGCUGCACGACUCAGACCCUUCGAGCGAGUCUCCUCCAAAUAUCCAGGAGAUACGCUACCAAGAGAACAUUGAGAGGUUCUUUGCGAGCCAUCCAAAGACAAAUUCUUCGGAUGGUCCAGGCGAGAUGAAGAUAGACAACGAGCAGAUCCAGCCUGAUAACCGGGACGAAGAGGGAUGCAAGUCUUCAGAAUCUCCCGAGUCCUCAGAAGGGAAACCGACUUCCGAGUUCGCCAUGUCGGGCAGCUACGUGGGGCGCAAUACAGAGUCCAAGCGUAAACACUCCUCCGUUACAACGGGAGACUCGGGUCACGAGUCGUUGAACACCAAGGAUGGCCCCACAACGGGCAGUUCCUGCGGGAGCAGAAACGGCAGUGCAGGUGGCGACAGCAAUGAAAACAACUACCCUCCCUGUCCCCCGCUCACAGAAGAGGUGCUUCAGCAGCAUAACCGCAUAUCACACAAGUACCACCACCAUGCCACGAAUGGAGGGACAAACGGAGCCACGGAGGACUUCUGCAAGGACUCCCACCGUUUCAAGAGAAGUGGAUCCCCGCACCAUUCUGGCGUACACAAGCAUACCAAGGCCAGCAGGGACUCGCACGCUGAUGCUUCCGGCCCCUCGUUCCCGCCUCUUCUGCAAGGAGUUGUGAGUUCUCAGCCCGACAACGUAGCUGCGGCGGCUUUUGUGCCUAACUUGGCCAUUCCGACCUACACGUAUGUGCCACUCAAUAGCAGUCACUCAACGGCUACAACUCCAUUCCUUAUACCAGUCAUGUACGUGGGAGGGGUACCUCUGUACCCAUCUUUGCCUGCUAUGGACGGACAACAGUCGAAGGGCAUGUGGCAGUGCGGAGCCUUACCGCUCAUGCCCCUGUGGCAGCAGCCGCCAACACAGCCAGUGUCACAGUCGACAACACACGACAAGGGAAACUCGACAAACAACCACAGCUCAGACAAAGCUCAAGAGGAUAACCAUCGAAAAGAAUCACAAGAGAAGGUCCCUAAUCAACCUAACCAGAAGGAAGGUCUUCUUAGGCCUGCGGAACACGGGCAGGGGGACAACGGUCGGCUACAAGGCCCUGCUGUCUACAAACAGUUCGGCAAAUUCAAGGACAGCAACGAAGUGCGUGCGAGACCAGUCGAACCCAAAGACAGCCAGCAGGAUGAUUCUGUGUCGCUAUCGUUUGAGUCCUCGUUCUUCGAGAAGUCCGAGAACUCGGAAAAUUCCGAGAGCCAGUUCUCCUCGGAGAAGUCCUCAGAGGAUACGGACACAGAAAUGAAACAACGGAGGCGGAAACAGCAUCGUGCAGGACUGCGCGAGCCGUAUUGGACAGAGGGCGUCAACAUGAACUCCGACGUUGUGUACCGAUACCAGCUGGCCCCUGGUGACUUGGACAGCGUGCUCAAGAGCGACAUGAAUAAACUGCAGGUCCUACAGCAACCAAACCUCGUGAACGAACAGCUGUCUGCACUGCGCCUCGAGUUGGAGAGCCACGAUGACGCCAAUGGUUCUGAGUCCCCCAUUGGAGACAAUGGCGGGUACAUGCAUGACGUCAUAUACGCCAUGGAGGAAGAUCUCACUGAGGAAAUCGAGGAGCAAGAGCGCAGGAUGCUGAGUGUCAUCGACCCUGACUUCUGAGGUACAUCUAUCGUUGAAUCGCCCAAAAGGAUCAUCGACAUGGCUGUCGUUUUCCAGUGCUUCCCUACAAGCUGAUCAACGUAGCGUUACAAGCUGAAACUUGUGCCGUUGAAGGGCUCCUUUAGCUAGCGCUUACUGCCCAGUGCUAUAUUAUGGUCGGGUCGUCCAUGCUUGAUUCCGCACCGCCAUUCAUAAUAGGUAAUGGGGACGCCGCACGGCGCAGAACCAACACCAUCUAUAGAUACAGAAAGACUGCGCGCUCGUCGACGUGACGUAACAAUUAAGAGUCAGCCAAUCAGGGUCGUGUUUUCAGCGGCCGUAGCCAACCACAAACGUGCUUUCAGCGGUCGUGGAAAUGGAGAAGAACCACCGUCGUCUGCGAGUUGUGAUUGAACGUCCUCGAGUACUGAGCAAAAAAACUUGGAAAUAAAGCGCAACACGGUCCCAAUCCGGUCCCAAUCCGGUCCCAAUCUUUCUCUAAACUGAUUGGCUGGAAAGGGUCUCGCACUUUUUGUCUAAAUAUUUAGGUCUGCAGGUUCCAGGUGAGCUGCAAUCAUUUGCGGGUUCUUCAAUUCGCAGAACGGUGAAUCGCAGUAGCAGACGAAUUCUGACUCUUAAUUGAAAGAGGGAGAGGAGGCAAUGCGCAGGCUUUCUCUAGCUAGGUGGUGUUGGCAGAACGCGCACUGAGCUCAAACACAUCGUCAUAUACAGACUUUGAACCGGGUGGCCGCUGAUCAUAUCAUUAUCAUUAUCAGAGACAUGGCCAUUCCAAUGUCGUAUAUGAGAACGCUAUCGAAAGCGACCUUUCAAGCUCUUCUCCAAAGGCACGCUACCACAGUAACAUGCAACCUUGACGGUGUAUAGGGAAACAGACCAAAGCUGUUACAUACUCAACUGCCGCCCAAGAUAAAAGUGAGCCGGCACAGAAAUACCGACUGCUUGUGUGCUUCUCGUAUUCUAUAACGCACCUUGUACAUGCCAGUUAUCCAUCCCCGUACCCCAUUUACAUACA